UGUCUUAUUGCUGAGGGAGACCGGGUCAACCUGCUGGGGUUGGACUGGUUUGAGCCAUUGGGCAUUGGUAUUUCAGGGAUUAACAAAUUGCUUGAGAAUAAAUGGGAUAUGAUGUAUGACCUGUUCCCUGAUGUGUUUGCAGAGGGUCUGGGGCGGUACAAAGGGCCCCCGGUUGCUUUUGAACUUGACCCAUCUGUAAAGCCGAUCAGACUGAAAUAUCGGAAGGUUCCAAUUCCCCUCAGGCCUAAAGUAGAGAGGGAAAUUGAUAAACUCGUGGAACAAGGAAUUUUGGAACCUGUUCCUCACAGCAAGUGGGAGACGCCUAUAGUAACACCAGUUAAGCCUGAUGGGUCCAUACGCUUAUGCGCAGACUAUAAAUGCACCCUUAACAAGGCGUUACAACAACACUCCUAUCCCGUCCCGGUUAUUAGCCACAUCCUGGCUUCAUUGGGGGGCGGAAAGAUCUUUGCCAAAUUAGACUUGGCACAGGCAUACCAGCAGUUGCCUGUCACUCCUGAGGCUGCAGAGGCUCAGACUAUUGUUACCCAUAGGGGGGCUUUUAAGGUGAAUCGCCUACAGUUCGGGGUAAAUGUGGCGCCCGGCAUCUUUCAGGGCCUGAUGGAGCAACUCUUGAGGGGGGUACCAGGGACGGUGCCCUACUUCGACGACGUGUUAAUUGCGGGGAGGUCUGAAAAUGAGUUGAUGGACCGGGUGAAGGAGGUCUUGAAGCGUUUCCAAAACGCUGGGCUCAGAGUAAAACGUUCAAAAUGUACACUGGGAGUUAGCAGUGUAGAGUUCUUGGGGUUCAGGAUUGAUGCAGACGGGGUGCACCCCACUACUGACAAGGUGACUGCAAUCCGAGACGCCCCCAGGCCGGAGGCGAAAUGGAAGUGGGGACAGGCCGAAGAAAGGGCUUUCGUGGGGGUUAAGGAGCUGUUGGUGUCUAAUGACGUGCUGACGCAUUAUGAUGACCAGAAGCUCCUGGUGUUAGCUGCGGACGCUUCACCGUUUGGAAUUGGCGCGGUUUUGAGCCACCUGAUGCCUGAUGGGAGCGAGGCGCCAAUCGCUUUUUACUCAAGAUCUCUUUCUGAGGCAGAAAGGAACUAUGCCCAGAUUGACAAGGAGGGUCUGGCUUUAGUAGCGGCUGUCAAAAAGUUCCAUGACUUUAUUUUUGGCAGGCGAUUUUUGCUGGUCACUGACCAAAAGCCGCUACUGGGGAUUUUUGCACCCGAUAAGCAACUGCCGAAUAUCAUGUCCCCGCGCAUGCUUAGAUGGGCGCUCUUUUUGCAGGCGUACGAUUAUGACCUUGAACACCGGCCUGGGAAGGCAAUCGGACAUGCGGACGCGAGGGGGUGGCCAGUUGGGAGUGUUGAACCUGAAUUUGGACCCUACAAAUGCCGCCAAAGUGAACUGUCCAUUUCUAAGGGCUGUGUUUUAUGGGGCAACAGGGUGGUGGUCCCUGACAAGCUCAGGAACAGAGUUCUAGAAUCUCUGCACGAGGGGCACCCUGGAAUGGUGCACACCAAAGCGUUGGCCAGGGGGUAUGUCUGGUGGCCUGGGCUGGAUAAAGAGAUUGAGGAUUGGGUUCGCGUGUGUUCCCAGUGUCAGCAAGUCAGGCCGGAACCCCCACAAGCUCCGCCUCAGAGGUGGGAGUCUUCAGGGAAACCCUGGGCCAGAUUGCAUCUGGAUUUCGCUGGCCCGUUCCAGGGGAACAUGUUUCUCAUAGUAGUGGAUGCAAUGUCUAAAUGGUUAGAGGUUGUGCGCAUGAAAACAACCACUUCACUAGCCGUGAUCCAUGCGCUCCGCCAUCUUUUCGCCACGCACGGGUUGCCUGACGUCCUCGUCAGUGACAACGGGCCUCAAUUUGUCUCUGAGGAGUUUAAGCAGUUCCUCACGAGUAAUGGCAUCCGCCAAAUGACUUCGGCCCCCUUCCAUCCGGCAUCUAAUGGCCAGGCCGAA